AGGGUGAGAGAGAGAGAGAGAGCGAGAGAGAGAGAGAGGGGCGCGGGGAAGAGAACCCUAAUUCGCUCACUUAUCAUUUUGUUCAUAUCGAAUCGAUAUCAAAAUUUCACCCCAAUUUUGAAGAAUACGAUUUCUGAAUUUCACAACCUAGUUUUUGCCCCUUUCUGUUGCUGCUGUUUUUGGGAGAGAUAAGCUCGGAGAAUUUCGCAGAACUGCUUUUGAAGUUGAUUGUGAACCAGAAGAUGGUAACCAAAUAAAUUGUCUGUCAGCAAAGCAUUCUGUGUUAGACGUGGAGUAUUAUCUCCGUGUAGCACAAGAACACAACGUCAAGGUGGAGGUUUCGCCGCGAUCUUCUUCUGUUCCGAUCUUUGGCCAAGUUCGGGUUUACUGAAACGUGCCGCUUUGAAACGGCCGAGAGUUGUCCUGAGAUGAUUAGCGAUCCCAUUAUAGAGAUGUCUUCUUCAUCUAAGUUCAUCCCAAUUGUCCGAUCUGGUAGCCAUGCUGAUAUUGGACCGCGGGGAUCUAUGGAUGAUGAACACAUUCAAAUAGAUGAUCUGGCCUCCCAUCUUGGACUUGUGUUCAAGUCUCCAAUACCAAGUGCAUUUUAUGCAGUUUUUGACGGUCAUGGUGGACCUGAUGCAGCCUAUUUUGUUAAGAGGAAUGCUAUGAGACUAUUUUUUGAAGAUUCUAACUUGCUUCUGUCAUAUGAUACUGAUGCUUUAUUUCUGAAGAAAUUGGAGGAUUCCCAUCGGAAAGCUUUCUUACGUGCAGACCUUGCCUUGGCUAACGAAGCAACUGUUAGUAGUAACUGUGGGACAACAGCAUUGACUGCGCUUAUACUUGGAAGUCAUUUGCUGGUUGCAAAUGCUGGUGAUUGUCGAGCAGUUCUUUGCAAAAGAGGAGUGGCUGUUGACAUGUCUCAAGAUCAUAGACCUAGUUACUUACCAGAAAAGAGAAGAGUGGAAGCGUCAGGUGGCUUCAUUGAUGAUGGCUAUCUCAAUGGUUAUCUGUCUGUGACCAGGGCCCUUGGGGAUUGGGAUUUAAAACCACUUGGUUCUGCUUCACCCCUUAUUGCUGAUCCAGAUGUUCUACAGGUUUCAUUGACUGAGAAUGAUGAGUUUUUGAUCAUUGGGUGUGAUGGGCUUUGGGAUGUCAUGUCAAGUCAGGAUGCUGUUAGUUUUGUCCGCCGGAGGUUAAGAAGGCAUGAUGAUCCACAGCAAUGUGCUAGAGAGCUAGUCAAGGAAGCACUGCGCUUGAAUACAUCAGAUAAUCUCACUGUGAUUGUUAUAUGCUUGUCCUCCAUUGAAAGCAUAGUUGAAUCAUGUCCACCUCAGAGGCGAAGAUUCAGAGCUUGCUGACGUGCUGUUUCAGGGGGCUAGAGAAAAAGCAGCCAGCAGUUUUGCAGAGAUAGAUGACGACUAUGAUGGGGUUAGAACUAUUUGAUUAGGAGAACUUUUCUAGGUUAUCUUGGUAUAGAUGGAAGCAAUUGUAGCUAGGUGUAACCGAUUGGUGAUUGAUCUCUGCUAUGUGGAUUUAAUUCUUCAUUGUUAUUUCUGUGAAUAAGAGUAAAGAUUCAUGCUUCUCCGGUCUUUUUUGGGCCAACUUAUUUCUCCA